AUGGCUCGUACCAAGCAAAGUCCGACUAAAGUCGUGGAUAGUUCUCCUGUGAUCACCAGCCGAAACAACAAAGUUCUCUCGACCAAAGGAAAACUCUCAGCCAAAGGAAAACUCUCAACCAAAGAAAAACCUAAAGCCUGUGAGCCAAACACAUCCGCAAAGAAACGUUAUCGUCCAGUAGCGAUUCGCGAGAUUAAAAGAUAUCAAAACUCCACGCACCUUCUCAUUCCCAAACUUCCAUUUCAACGACUGGUCAGAGAAGUUGCGCUUGAAUACAAACCCGAUGUGCGUUUUCAAGUUGCUUCCCUCGAAGCUAUUCACAUGGCUGCGGAAGCAUACCUCAUUGGUUUACUUGAAGAAGCGAACUUAUGCGCAAUUCACGCGAAAAGAGUCACAAUAUUUCCGCAAGACAUGCAGCUGGCUCGUCGCAUUCGAGGCGAAACAGCUAACAUACCACACAACUUGGGUCGCGCUCGAAGUCGUCGUAGCUAA